AUGACUUUGGCCGUCGAUCUUCUUAACCCUUCUGUUGAACACGAGAAGCGCUCCCACAAGCUCAAGAGACUCGUCCAGUCUCCCAACUCUUACUUCAUGGAUGUGAAGUGCCCUGGUUGCUUGAACAUCAGCACUGUCUUCAGCCACGCACAGACCGUUGUCUUGUGCUCCUCUUGCGGUACCGUCUUGUGCCAGCCCACUGGUGGUCGUGCUCGCUUGACCGAAGGUUCUUCUUUCCGCAGAAAGGCAAACUAA